GCGCCUCUGCUCCUUCCGAACGAUCACUUCCGGACAGAAAAAUGGCACAGAUGAGCUCUGUCAAAAAUCGGUUAUGUCGGGUUGUAAACAAUUUUGAAAAGUAUUAUGAUUGAAUUGGAAUAUUGGCUGCUUCAGGAGGCUUUUAGUGAGGUCAGGGCGUUUACCUAAACUAUAGCAAAGUCAAACUUGGUUAUACGGAGCUAAGGAGCUUGUUGCCAUCAAAAGACUGCAGGUCAGUCCCCCUGAAUCAGCCUAACUGCUGGUAACCCAUGAUAGUAAAUAGUUUUUUACUUGGACCCUUUGUUGAAAUCCUGCUUAGGUAGAAUAUUUCGGUGGAAAAUUUGCGAUGGAGGAAGUCGAUAAGAUCCUUAUUCAUGCUCUCAGACAAGUCGGAACUGAGGUAGGUGAGAACAUUGAGCGAGUCGGCCAAUUCACCAGUGAGCUGAUCGUGGAGGCGGUGGUCAGAUGUAUCCGGGUGAUCGAUCCGGGUCCCGGCGGCGUGCUUCCCACCACCCUGCCGCCGGGCAUGUCUGCCCGCUUCAGAGUAGGCAUGAGUCUUGCCCAGGCCUGCCAGGACAUUGGCUAUAAGGGAGAGAUUGGCUAUCAGACCUUUCUAUACAGUAAUGAACCAGAGAUUCGUUCACUGCUCAUGUUCCUGGUGGAGAAGCUGCCUAGAGAGAGCUCUGAGGCCUCAGACCAGCCAACAGGUAAAUCUGCUGUUCUCCAUAGAGCCAUCGCUACUGUGAUCAAAGCUCAGCUGGCUGUUUCCUGGGUGCCUUUGAAUUGCAGAUUGCCAUUACACGGUGAAACACAGAGUAGAGCAGCAUCACAAAAGUUUUCUGUCCAUCCCCUCAGCUUACCAUACUGCAAUGAAGGUCAGAAGUCUCUCAAAGAGGUGAAGGAAUACAAGCGAGACAUUCUUCUCCCUGCUACUGCUCAGUCUCCCAGUCAAACAUCAAUGGUGUCAUCCAUGUUGGAGCAACACAUGGCGGAUCUGAGUAGCACUCAGGAGUGGGAUACAGAGUGGAAAAGUCAGGGACUUCUGUACCGUCUUGCGCCACAGGAGUACCGCUCAAGGAAGCUGAAAAGAUUGCGCAAUCGUAUCAAGGAGCAGCUUCGUUCUGUUGCUAUGCAAUCUCCUGAAAGCAUCUACAGUGUUUGUCGACCCAGCUCCGAGCUCUCAGACCUCCUGCGGGCCUUCAGAGGGCCUGCCCCCUUUGACCUCAUCCUCACCAAGGGCACCCAUUUCACACACACUCAGAAGUUCACUUUUACAGAGGAAGCUACAGCUGUAAAAAGCCCGGUUCACAGUGGACGUCAUUCAGAGGGUGACACUCAGCUUCACCAACAGGAGGAGCUAGCGUUACUCCAGCAGCAGUUUCAGCAGCUCUGUAGUGAUAUUGACCAGAUAGCAGCAGACAUGAGGCACAGGAGUGUCACUUCUACUCAGGUGUUUGAUGAACUGAAGCAGAGGGAGCUUGAAAAUGCUAAAAAUCAGGAGGAUAUGCAGGUAAAAAAGACAACUCUAGAACUGUUGCCAGAUGCAGACAACAACUUGCAGAAGCUUCAGUCUCAGGUGGAAACUGGUGCAAGUCGGGUGGUAAAUCUGGCAUCUCAGUGGGAAAAACAUCGUGCUCCACUAAUUGAAGAACUACGCAGACUAAAACAAAUCUGCAGCAGCAAGGACCUGGAGUCUUCUACAAAACUUUCAGAGAUCAAGCAUCUACAUGAAAAAAUUUGCAUGGCCACAGAGGACGCAAAGAAGAAGGAAGAAUCAUAUAAGCAGCUGGGCAAGCAUUUUCAGUUCAGAGUUCUUCCAUUCGACCUCUCCCUGUCCCCGCAUGUGUUCAAGCGGAGCAUGGCCGCAGCCUUGUGUCCUCUGCAGGCCAAUGGAUUGAAGAUCCUGCCUUAUUUGGACGACUGGCUCAUCUGUGCACCCACAGAAACCCAAGCCACUGCAGGUUUUACAGGGUUAACUUGGCCGCCUUUCACCCAAUGGAGGGAAUCCUUUCCCGGCGCACACCGUCUUCCCAGUGAGGUGACUGAACUAGAAGGCCUUCCUCGUGAUGUAUCUCGAUCAGCAUACACUCAAAGAAUUCUCGAGAUCGUUGGCAAUAUCAAUAAACAGAAGGAGGAUAUUACUAAGAUUCUUUCAGACACAAAAGAGCUCCAGAAAGAGAUCAACAACCUGACCGGUAAACUUGACAGGACGUUUGCCGUAACUGAUGAGCUGGUGUUUAAGGAUGCCAAGAAAGAUGAGUCUGUCCGCAAAUCCUACAAGUACCUCGCUGCCUUGCAGGAGAACUGUAAUCAGUUGAUCCAAACAAUUGAGGACACUGGCACAAUUCUUAGAGAGAUUCGAGAUCUGGAGGAACAGAUUGAGACAGAAAACUGUAAUAAAACAGUGACUAACCUGGAGAGGAUUCUGGAUGACUACAGGGCAAUCCGUCUGGAGAAUUCUGCACUAGCUGCCAAAGUGAAAGAGGGCUAAGAGAAGGCAGUGCUCGGCCAAAAGAAAACCCUGGAGACGCAAAAGAUACAGCUCUUCAUCUCUAGCCCCUGACACAGAGGCUUGGUGGUCUUCGUACCAUGGCCUCCCCUUUGUCUACAGACAAGUUUUGAUUGUCCAUCCACUGGCUGUAUUAUUUCUGAAAUAGAACACUGAACAACAAAAGGGGGUGCCAUGAUGUGGUUUCAAAGGAUCUUGUUUAGUCUCAAAAUAUUUGAUACAUAAACUAAUAUGUUCUUCCCUUAUCAUAUUUGAACAUAAACUGUUAAUUAUAAUGAAAAUAAAUGAUUUUGAAUGUGAUUGAAUCAAAAUAUUUUCUAUAUCAUCAGCAAAAUAAUGUAUACAUACCAGCAUAAAUAAAGAUGCCUUAAAGAUUCA